AUGCCUGAUGUUCGAGGAACAAUUGAAUACCUGCAAGAUCUCGAACUGUAUGAGACCGAGAAGCCGUAUUGGUGUUUCUUACCACCGAAGAAGGGUUUCGAUCCAGACAAGGAACGAGUAGACAAUCUCGAAUUCGAAGAUCAUAACGUUGCCAUCAGUGAUAUCCGCGGUUUGGAAGGCGAUGUCAGUCUUGAGAACUAUGGCUUUCAAGUCCUUUCACAUGACACUGAAAUCCCAGCCUUUACGGCGGCGGAUGCUGUUGAGGCAUACAAGAGAGAGACCGAACAGCUCCUGAUGGAAGCUCUUGGAGCAACCCAUGUCAAAUGUUAUGAUCUUCGACUGCGAAAAAACAUCGUGUUCCAGCGAACUGAGUUUGACCUAAACAACCCGUUACAUACAGAAGGACCGGCGCGAGGAGCGCACAACGCGCCCCAGGUGAUAAACAGAUAUCUCUCACAGCCAGAGAAGGAUGCGUUCUUGAGGAUUGGCUACCGCGUUCGCAUCGUUAAUACCUGGCGAAGCUUGCUUCCAGUUUUAGAGGAUCAGCCUCUGGCUCUUUGUGAUAGUCGUUCAGUUGGUGAAACAGACCUUAUGGCAGCUGAUCGGCUAGUUCCAGAUCGUGUUGGGGAGGUUUACUAUCUCAAGUUCAACCCCAAACAUCAGUGGUAUUGGCUAUCCACACAAAAGAGGUCAGAGCCUUAUGCAUUUGUUAUGUUUGACACCAAAGCCGGCACUCAUGCCAGAUUUUGCCCACAUGUUUCGUUCAAGAAUCCCUUAGCCGGAGCCAAGGUGCCGCCGCGAGAGAGCGUGGAAACAAGGUCGGUUGUGAUUACUAAGGAGUCAUGA